AUGAAGAGCAGAGUUCUUCCGGCAGCUGCCGAGAGUAAAACGGAGAAGAAGAUGAACAGUGCACGAGAUUGCUGGACUCUAGAAUGGCAUGGAAGAAUGGAAAGUGGGAGGAGAUGGAGGAUUAGGGCACGAAAUUGCAGAGAUUUCAUGGUGAGAGAUGAAGCUUGCUCUCUAGAUGUGGGUUGCUUUUGUUGGGUUGAAGAGGCCUCAAUUUAUAGCCGCUGGAAGCUGACAUUUUCCAAGAAACCCUAA